GUAAGUGAAAAGCAUAAUAAUGGGUUUGUGGGUGUAGUGGUCAAUCGUUUCCUUUACGCACAUCCUCCCAAUGCCUCCGUCUACCAAUCAAUCAGUGAACACUGCCCUAUCCUUACACCAAACUCGUGGUAUAAAAGGGCAGAUCUGCUCAGAAUCACCAAAACUGCAACAGAAGCAAAACUCUUCUCGGAUUUCAUUGUACACAUAUCUCAUCCUGUCGUCACAGACAUGUCAGGGAAAGUUAUUAUGGUGUUUGCACUGUUGGUUGCACUGCUAGUAUCCAGUGCAGCCUCCUCACCUGAAUCCUCUGCAGUUGGAGAGACUAAUAUACUGCAGCAGCUUCUAGCCAAGAGGGAGAAAGUGAGAGGGUCGGCUGGCAGACAGGAGCCGGCGCCUCAGACUCACUCUGCACGGAUGGAGAGACGGGCACACCUAUCGGAGGAUAAUCGCGAGGUUAUGACCAAACAAAUAAUGCAAGCAAUUUCAGAGAUGAUGAACUCCGAGUGCAUGUCAGAUCGGGACUACCAGGGCUGGGUGGAUUUCGGACGCCGGGACGCAGAGUGAGACCCAACAACAACAACCUGAGGGCUCAGACUUACUGCUUUUUGUUCAGAUUUUAUAUGAAGUCAAUGUUUUACUUUCCCCGCAACUUUAUAAAUAAACUAAUUU